AUGCAGAUAGUACAAAUUGAGCAGGCCCCAAAAGACUACAUAAGCGACAUCAAAAUAAUCCCUUCCAAGUCACUGCUUUUGAUUACGUCUUGGGAUGGCUCUUUAACAGUCUACAAAUUCGACAUUCAAGCAAAGAAUGUUGACCUUUUACAAUCGCUACGAUAUAAACAUCCGUUAUUGUGCUGCAAUUUCAUCGACAAUACCGAUCUGCAAAUAUACGUGGGAACUGUACAGGGUGAAAUUCUAAAAGUUGAUUUGAUAGGUAGUCCCAGCUUCCAAGCUUUGACGAACAAUGAAGCCAAUUUGGGUAUUUGCCGAAUAUGCAAAUAUGGAGACGAUAAACUCAUUGCCGCGUCAUGGGAUGGCCUGAUAGAGGUUAUCGACCCUCGCAAUUAUGGUGAUGGAGUUAUUGCUGUUAAAAAUUUGAACUCUAAUAACACAAAGGUGAAGAAUAAGAUAUUUACUAUGGAUACAAACUCCUCUCGAUUGAUCGUUGGUAUGAACAAUAGUCAGGUUCAAUGGUUUCGCCUGCCACUCUGUGAGGAUGAUAACGGAACAAUUGAAGAAUCAGGACUGAAGUACCAAAUAAGAGAUGUCGCUCUUUUACCGAAAGAACAAGAAGGUUAUGCAUGUAGCAGCAUUGACGGGCGAGUUGCUGUGGAGUUUUUCGAUGAUCAGGGCGAUGAUUACAACUCAAGCAAAAGAUUUGCAUUUAGAUGCCACCGUUUGAAUUUAAAAGAUACAAACUUAGCGUAUCCAGUAAAUUCUAUUGAAUUUUCCCCCCGUCAUAAGUUCCUAUACACGGCUGGCUCUGAUGGCAUAAUUUCAUGCUGGAACCUACAAACCCGCAAGAAAAUAAAAAAUUUCGCCAAAUUUAACGAAGACAGCGUGGUUAAAAUUGCUUGUUCGGACAAUAUUCUAUGUCUGGCAACUUCUGAUGAUACUUUCAAGACAAACGCCGCAAUUGACCAAACUAUUGAACUAAACGCAAGUUCAAUAUACAUAAUAUUUGACUAUGAGAACUGA